AUGAGUGAUACUAAAACUGUCCCUUUGGGGAAAGAAGUUUUGUUUGAGUUUUUGGAGAAACACAAUGCACGACCCUCUGUACCCGGAAUAGACUGGGCUCAGGGAAAUUGGUAUAAUUUGCAGAAUGUGGUUGAUCGAACGAGUGCUUUGCAAAAGGAUGCAAGAGUCAGAUCUGGAAGAGGAAACGCGAUUGUUUGUGCUGUUCUUGGUGCCAGUUUAGCCGCUGCUGUAGAGGCGAGGGAAUGCUGUCGUGUUGAGGAAUCCCUAAUUGUUGAAUCCCUGCAAAACCUUGUUCAGUCCCUUCAGGGGCAAGUGGUGGAAUUAAAGGAACAGCUUGAAGGAGAGAGAGACCAGGUGAAACAUCUGCAGAUUGCUCUUAAGAAGCAACUCCUUGCGGGCACUGCCCACAAGGAAAUACCCCCAAGAUUGGAAACUGGUUAUCCUUUUAACGACUUGCAGGCAGCGAGAGAAAAAGUAGAGAAAUUAGAACCACUCUCGCUGCGACCCUUGGUUAAGGCCGAGUAUAUUUAUGAUGAUGAUCAGGAUCAGUUCCCCCAAGUUACAACCAAGGAGGUCCCCUUUACUGCCACUGAGCUGGCGAAGUUAAAAAAGGAUUUUGGUCGAACCCCUAGGGAGUCGGAGACAGAGUAUGUGUGGAGAGUGUUGUUAUCUGGGUGUGAUCAGAUUUUGUUAACUGAAAAGGAGGCGGAGGGGUAUUGGGGACCGGGAGUAUUUUUAACUACCAGGAAUUACCGCACCCCUUGGUCUUUAACCCAGCGGGCAGCCUAUUGGGCGGGGGGUUUGAACCCCUUGGAGAGGGGGGAUCCCCUCACAGUCACGGGGACUGUUGAUCAGUUGGUGGAAAGUGUGCAGAAGGCAGCUUGCUUGCAGAUGAUGUAUGAUCGAAAGCUAGAGCCUAGGCAGGAGUCCCCGAUGAUGAUGCCUGUAGAUCCUGAGCAAAUGACUCCUCUUAUAAGGGGACUCCCUGAUUCCUUAAAGCUGAUUGGUGUACAGUUACAGGGGGAAAUACAGGCAAUGCCUCAGAGCAAAAGAGUUGCAGCUGCUUUAAAAG